AUGUGGCACCCCCAACAGCAAGUCUCGGCGCACGCGACCCGCUUCGCAUUCAUGAGCGGCCAAUUGCAAUUGAAAGAGUUGUCGACGCCAUUUGCAUUGCCGAUAUUUUACGCGAAUUCUUUGGAAGAUGAGGUAAUGGUGAGCUUUGAUGUAACCUCCUUAUUUACUAAUGUACCGGUAGCGGAAACUAUAGAGUUGAUAAGACGAAUGGCCAACCGCGACGACUCUCUCACCGGGUACAUGAAGUUGAUAGAGUUUUGCCUCACUAGUGGAUAUUUUGUGUGGCGGGGUGAAUACUACUUGCAAAUAGAAGGAGUUGCAAUGGGUUCUCCGAUAGCUCCAGUGGUGGCUAACCUUUUUAUGGAACAUUUUGAGCAGAGAGCGUUGGAGAGCUGCCCACACAAAUCCAGGCUAUGGUGGCGAUAUGUCGACGACCGGAAAGAACGUGACCUUUUGACUCAUAAGGUGUAUAGAAAGGCUACACACACCGAUAGGUACCUGCAAGCUGACUCGCACCAUCACCCUGCGCAUUUGUCAUCGGUGCCACGCGCUCUCAUCAACAGGGCUUUACGGCUCUGUGACCCGCAGUACGUGCAAGGCGAGCUGCGAAGGCCUUACGGCAGGUGUUAG